UAGGCCUAGAAAAUCAAACCCCGUUGUCUAGUUUCAAAAAAAUAAUCACGAAAUUAUACUCGUUCAUGCAAUUAAGUUCAUUUCCCUAGAAAUUUAUAUAAAAAAAAGAUGUUUUGCACACCGAGGGGAAGCUCUAGCGAAGGUCCUUUGUGCCACUCCACUCCGAGAUCUGAAAGAAACGAGACUCGAUACGAAACCAGACCGAUUGCCAAUCUCCCAGUGAGCGUUUAUGGAUGGUAUCGUGUGCUGAUUUUCAGCAGCGAUCGCCGGGAGUCUAUAAGCCGAGUGAUGCGGCGUCUGCGAAGAGUUUUGAUCCCGCUUAAAUUGUAUCCCCGCUACAAACACUCCGGCGGAGAAGAUGAUGCGGCUGAGGACUCCGGCGCUUUUUAUACAUUCUACGUGGAGAGUUACAAGGUGGCGAAUGCCUUGUUUCGCCUCGGCAGGCUGGAUAGCCGGGUUAAGCUGAGGGUCAACGACCGGAUGCCACAACUUCGGGUUAACUCGGCUCACAGAAGCGUACUGAAGGAUGUGAUCCUCUCCAGAUACGAUCAAGAUCACCGCAGCUUGGAUCUGACUCUCUUCCACAACGACGAAUCCUUGCGUGGGGAGUUCUUCGCCCUGGCCGAUCCCCACCUCAUGAGCACGAUCCUCGGAAUUGUGGAGCGUGAGAUGCCAGAACUGGAGCGUCUGAUCUUGGACCGCAAUCACCUGAGUAACCUGUGGUCCUUCGAUCGCGUGGAGGAGCGUUUCUGGCGACUGCAGUGCGUCUCCCUGAGAAACAACGAUAUUGAAAGCCUUGACUCCCUGCGGGUUUUCCAAAAUCUGGCCCUCGUGGAGUUUUACCUCGAGAGGAAUCUGCUGCCCGCUGGUUACGAAAGAGAAGUUCACAUAAUUUGGCCAAGUCUCCAGGUUCUUAACGAAGUUCAUCUAAGAAGCGGUGAAAGGUUUCGUGAACUGGUGGAAAGACUUUAUCGGCUUACUGGCUGUGAUCGAGUUCGGUGCAGAAAACUACUUGUUCAGACCAAUGGAAACUUUAUUCAGGCGGCUUCUAUUUUUCGUAAAAGGAAUGGUUGUGGAGCCUUUCCCAGCAGGCAAAUUUUUUUGACUGAUUACUCAGUUAUAAGUUUUAUGUACUCCAUUUAAUUGUUGUUUUGUUGGUGAAUUCUAUUAAAAUGUUUUUGAGUUGCUGUUAAA